AUGACCACUGCAGCACGGCCCACGUGGGACACUGCUAAAGGAGGGCGGGGGAAAGGAGAAGGUGACCUUAGUGCCCUCUCCAAGCAGUACUCAAGUCGAGAUCUGCCAUCACACACAAAAUCCAAAUACAGACAAGAAGGACAAGGCACACAGGAUGAGCUGAGAAGCCGUGACUUUCGUCAUGAGUUGGAGGAGAGGGAGAGAUCAACAAGGGAGAAGCGAGAUAGAGGACGAGACUCCGGCAGUGGCAAGAGGCCCCGUAUUGAGCAGAUUCCUGCAUCAAAUCUGGAUGCUGAUGAUCCUGUAGACGAUGAUGAAGAUGAAGAGAACUCUGACGACGAAGAUGAUACAGCUGAGUUAUUGGCUGAAUUACAAAGAAUAAAAAAGGAAAGGAUUGAAGAGAAGGCCAAGAUG